CCUGAAUUUAUCCGCCAAACUUCCACUCCUACUCCUACCCCUCGCUUUUUCUUUUAUCUGCAUUUUUUUUUCAUAACAACCGUGCACUAGUCUGAUCAGCAGAACAAGGAGAAGGGGAAGAAAUGGAGGAAGACAAGAAAGAAAAUGAAAAGUACAAGUUCCUCAAAAUUAUCCCAACAUCCCCUCAUUCUUCCGGAGUCUUUAAUUUAUGCCUCAAUCGUCCCUCUCACCUUAACGCUCUCUCACCUCACUUCUUCACCGAAUUCCCCCACGCCCUUUCAUCCCUCGAUCAGAACCCCGACGUCUCCGUCAUCAUCCUUUCCGGCGCUGGCCGUCACUUCUGCUCCGGAAUCGACCUCCAAGCCUUCAAUUCCAUCUCCUCCGGCCUCCCUUCCGCCGAUCGUGGCCGGAUCGGCGAAAAGCUCAGGCGAGAUAUCAAGUUCAUGCAAGACGCCAUCACCGCCAUCGAGCUUUGCCGGAAGCCUGUUAUUGCGGCUGUUCAUGGUGCCUGUGUAGGUGGGGGGAUUGAUAUCAUUACAGCCUGUGACCUAAGGUUUUGCUCGGCCGAUGCUUUUUUUGCGGUGAAAGAAGUGGACUUGGCCAUCACGGCGGAUCUUGGGACCCUUCAGAGGCUUCCGGCUAUUGUUGGAUUCGGAAAUGCUAUGGAAUUGGCGUUGACUGGUCGGCGGUUUUCAAGUUCGGAGGCCAAGGAAAUGGGUUUGGUUUCCAAGGUUUUUGCAUCCAAGGAAGCUAUGGAGGAGGGAGUCAGAGCUGUAGCUGAGGGAAUAGCUGCAAAAUCUCCUCUUGCUGUGACAGGGACAAAGGCAGUGUUGCUGAGAGGUCGGGAUCUUACUUUGCAUCAAGCUCUGGAUUACGUGGCGACCUGGAAUUCUUCUGUUCUGCUAUCUGAUGAUCCGAAAGAGGCAAUUUCUGCACAAAGCCAGAAAAGGAAACCUUUAUUUGCAAAGCUCUAGAGUUGAAUGGAUGGUCCAUAAGGUUACUGCUAAAGUCCUGUAUUUAAUUUAUGCAAUGACAUGAUGUAAUUCGGCAGCAAAACUAUGGCUUCUUCCUCAGUGUCUUCAUAAGAAGGCUUUGUAAGAAUUUAAGGAAGCAGAUGCAAGGAGCUGACACUUGUUUGGCCUUGAAAUUUCCUAUCUGGAGGUAAUUGAAGCUGUUCAUUUCGGUUGCAAAUUUCCAGUUUCUUAUUCUAUUCAGUUUUCCCUUUUCUUUUUCCUGUUUUAUCAAACUUCGCAACUCUUAUCCUCAGUUCACCCUCGUGGGAGAAUUGUUUACCAAGCGAGUACUUACCUUACCCUUGUUGAAAUACACUAGGAAAUAUGUACGAGAUGAUUAGCAGUUACUAAUAUAUCCUAACUUUGUCUUGAUAGAAA